AGGAAGGACUGAAAGAAAGGAGGGAAGGGGAAAGGAAAGAAAGGUGGAAGAGAGGGAGGAGGAGGGGUAAAGAAAGAGGAGGAGGAGGAGGAGGGGGCCCAGUCCUCCUUUGGGCGGGCUCCUGAUGCAGCAGCGUUUGGCGUCGAGGAGGACGAGGGCCCUGAGGGGACAGGAGCCCAGGAUGGGGCGCCGCUUCCUCGCUCCCCCUUCCUCCCCCGAAGCCUGGCUGCUGCUCGGGGGCCUGGCCUAGCCCUCCGGGAGGGAAGAUUGGCAAUGGCAAUGGCGGCGUCCGGCAGCAGCAGCAGCAGCAGCAGCCCCGUGGGCGCCAAGAGGAGCGCCGGCCCUCCUGCUCGGCCCUUCCCUCCGCAGAUGGACCCCCGGCGGAGGCAGGCAGCGCUCUCCUUCCUCAGCAACAUCUCCCUGGACGGGAGGCCGGUGCUGCUGCCGGAGGAGGAGGAGGAGGAGGAGAAGGAGAAGGAGGGCGAGCGGGAAAGGCACGCCGUCCUCCCUUCUCCCCCUCCGCUGCCUCAGCCACAGGAUGGGGCCUCCGACCCUCCUCUCGGGGAGCAGGAGGAGCAGGAGGACGACGAAGACGCCUUCGCCAGCCCUGGGCAAGCGGCGACGGCGGGCCUCGGCCUCCCCUUCCCUCUCCCCCCUCCAUCCUCUGGUUCCUGCUCUGCUACUCCUUCUAGUAGGGGCCGCCUCAACUCCUUCUCUCAGGGAAUCCUCAGCCCCGUCCCCUCCGCCUCCGCCUCCUUCGCCCGGGCAGCGCCCCCCCAGGGCUAUGGCUGCCUCGAACAGGGACAGGGGGCCCCCGCAGCCACCGCCGCCUUCGAGCUCCAGAGGUCCAGGUGAGUGGAGGGCAAGGGUCCUCAGCCCCUUCAGAGGGGAAGAGGGGAAGGACUCCGUUGGGGCAGUGAGCGAAAACCGCUCUGCACAUGCUCAGAGGCACUGCUCCUGGCUGUGGGGGCACUCCCUUUAAGGCCUGGGUAGGGUUCUGGGGUAAGGGAUCAGCUCCAGCCCUGUUGGGGUUGUGAGGUUACCACUCUGCACAUGCUCAGAGGCACUGUCUGCAGGGGUACUUCCACUAAGGCCUGGCCAAGGUUCUGGGGUUAGAGAUGUUAUGGGAUUGCCACAGAAAGGAUGUUGUGUGGUAGUGAGAGGGAAAUCACUCUGCACAUGCUCAGAGGCACUCCUGUCUGUGGGGAUAUUUUCAAGGUCUGGCUAAGGUUCUGGGGUCAGAAGCCAGGGCCAGGUGAUCUCAAAUCCAGCCCUUUGUCAACCCUGUUGGGGUUGUGAGAUUGCCGCAGACGUAUGUGGUGUGGCAGUGAGGGAGAAUCACUCUACACAUGCUCAGAGACACUCCUCCUGUCUGUGGGAGUAUUUCCAUUAAGGCUUGGGGUCAGAGAUCAGGAGCGGAAGAGAGCUCAUGCCCAGUCCUUUGUGAAACAGGGUCCAACCCUGUUAGACUAAUGUUUAUUUAUAUAGCGCCAUAAAUUUCCUAGCAUCCUAGAGUUGGAAGAGACCGCAAGGGCCCCCCAGUCCAACCCUAUUCUGCCA